GAAGCACCAGCCAACAUCCCAACCGGCGUUCUCUCUCCCACACCCUUUCUGUCAACCGCUGGCAGUCAGGUCCUGCCAUACCACAUCUUCAAGCCUUAUAUCGAUCUUUUCUGUCUCACCACCAGCUUGCCUAUACUCGAGAUCCCAACUUCCUCUACGGCCUUGGUGGGAGAGCCGAGUCUCACCAUACCUCACCUCACCAACCUCGUUCACCCUUCCCACGGCCCUCGUCUCGUCACCGUCGUGUGAGGACCCAACACCGCAACCAUGUCUCACCUUUCGCAGCAGCUCAAGAACUUCAACGCUGGCGUUGUCGACUAUGCGAAGAGCAUGCCCCAGCAGAGACGAUUCGUGCACAACAACAACGCCCCCGCCAACGCCUCCGCAAACAGCUCGCAAGUGCCCUCGUCCGCCUCCACCCCGACCCCCGGCGGCGAUCCGCGCCGAAAGAGACACGAUGCGGACAUCGUCUACUCGCAGCCCGCCAACACCGGCACGGGCAAGGACAUCAUGACGCAGGUGAUCUUCGCGAUCGAGCACAUGAAAUCCAAGGGCGUGCCGCUCAAGUUCGGCGACAUCGUCUCGUACCUGUCGCUGCAGCACCGUGCCAACGACCAGGGCUACGUGCAGGCUCUGCGCAGCAUUCUGCAGCGGCACGAGAAGGUGAUGUUCGACCCGCGCGGCGCAAAUGAUGAAGGCACGUUCGCGUUCCGGCCUCCGCAUAACAUUCGCUCGGCGGAGCAGCUGCUCCAGAAACUGCAGGCUCAGUCCACCGGGGCGGGAAUGAGUGUGAGGGAGCUGCGCGAGGGGUGGCCGAAUGUGGAGGAGACGAUCAACAAGCUGGAGAAGGAAGGGAAGCUUCUGGUUACGCGGAACAAGAAGGACGACCAUGCCAAGAUGGUCUGGGCGAAUGAUCCGUCGCUGAUCCAGCAUUUCGAUGACGAGUUCAAGCAGAUCUGGGAGAAGAUUCGGAUCCCCGAUGCGCAGACCGUCAAGGAGGAGCUGGAGAAGGCGGGUAUCGUUCCCACCAACAAAAACAAGGUCGUCAAGGCGCGGCCAAAUGUUGAAAAUAGGAAGGUGAAAAAGCCUCGUCGCAGUGGCAAGACCACUAACACUCAUAUGAUGGGUAUUCUGAGGGAUUAUUCCCAUCUCAAGCGAUGAUUCCGUGCCGUGCCAAUCUGCAUCCGACAAUACCGGCUUGCUUUUUUCUUUGUGCUCUACGCUUUUUUUUUAUCAUAUUGCAUGCUUUGGCGUUCAAAGGGGAGACUUAUACACCUGGAAUGACGUUCUACCAGAUCGCUACUAUUACUAGACUUUUGCGAUUAUGCCCUAUCAUGCUGUUCUUUUCAUGAAUUUCUGUUGUCGCAUCAUGUAACAUAUAGUGAAAAAUAGAUACCCAAG